GCUAUCCUUCGGCUACACUAGACGGACUUCUAGCUCCUCUGACGGCUGCUCGAUGGCUGCUCUUCCGUGGCUCGUAUCGUUGUCAUGUAGAAGCUGUAAUAUGCAAUAUAAAUAUCAGCAAAUGGCCGUCGCUCGCCUUUUCUUUUCUUCUUUCCUGGCGGGGCCGCGACGGGCAUGUUUGCACCCGUUUGACCUCCCUGUUUGCCUUGUUUGUCUUGUUUGCAUCUUCUCGCCCGCCUGGGCGUGGGAUGGAUCACGUGAGUGUCCCUUUUUCACUAGACACGCACCAAUUUUGGGAGACCUUUUAUUGUGGUCCCGUGACUGGGUAAGCGAGCUAGCUAUUUGCGCACAAAAAAAGGCGUUUGACGAUCGAAAGACGAAGUUCAAGUUCUCGCUUGCACACGAACGACCUUUCAACCUGCAACGUCCGUCCCUCUCUCAUCUCACACCCCAGAGACAGAUUCGCAUACGCCUCUGCACAAUGUCUUCCGCCGAGCUUGCCGUCUCUUACGCCGCCCUCAUCCUCGCCGAUGAGGACAUCGAGAUCACUUCCGACAAGCUCCAAACCCUCAUCAAGGCCGCUGGUGUGACCGAUGUUGAGCCCAUCUGGACCUCUCUUUUCGCCAAGGCUCUCGAUGGCAAGAACUUGAAGGACAUCCUAGUCAACGUUGGCUCUGGUGGUGGUGCCCCUGCCGCCGGCGGUGCUCCCGCUGCUGGUGGUGCUGCCGCCGCCGAGGCUGCCCCAGCUGAGGAAGAAAAGGCCGAGGAGGCCGAAGAGUCCGACGAGGACAUGGGCUUCGGUCUUUUCGAUUAAAUGCCUUCUCACGAAUCUUUUUUCCCCUUGUACCCAUAUUCAUAAAAGAUGGAUGCACAACACGAGGCGCUUGCGAAAUCGGUGGUGCUACCCACCGCCGGGUCAGAAUCUUUUAAUAGAAACCAGUUAUUGGGUGGCGCAAAUACCUUCUGAAUGAAAGAUAUUGUCCUUUCACCCUUUUUUUACCAUGUCAUGUCGUGAUGAAAAAAAAAUAUAUAUUUCCGAGCUGCCAGAUUAAUCUCAAAAAAAAAAAAAUGUGAAUUGUGCA